AUGUCCUUCGCCAACCCUCGUCGAAGGGCUCCGGUGAGUCGUUCUGAUAGGGACAAUGAGAGUGGCCUGGCCUUAAAAACAACUAUGACCCUCCGUAAGGGUGCCACCUUUCAUUCACCCACUUCUCCAGUCUCUUCAGACUUGGACGACACCUUUGUUCCACCUCAACUCUCCCGGUCCCAGACUCAUCUGGACGACGUCGUCGACGCCAAUCGUCGACGCAUCGCUCUCACCCUAAGCGACAUCGACGAGGCUCUCGCAAAGACUGAGAACCUUUCUUUGUCGCCCAACUCCAAGAACAAGACCCUCCGUGAUACCAGCCUUCCUGUUCCUCGCGGCUUCCUCGACCCUCCUCUUGUCGACCCAGCCAUGGCCCACCCCGAGCCUGAGCGCCGGGUCUUGCGCCCUCGCUCAGUACGUCGAUCAAAGCAGCAAGCUUCCGACAGCGGUCUCGGUUCUUCUAUUGCCUCUAUCAACGAGAAGUGCGAGGCCGCUCAAACAUCUGACAAGAAGGACACCAAGACACUGAAGACAGCAUCAGCCCUUACUGGCUCCGGUGCGUCUUCUACCAAAGGGCUUCUCCCCGCUCUAAGCCAGAAAGCCUUCAACCGCAUUCAGGAACACACUCUUGGCCCACUUCUUCAGAAACAAACGCUCAAGGAUUUCGAGCCUAUCGUGCUCGAUGUACCUCGAAAAAUUCGAUCCAAGGAGAUUAUUUGCCUUCGAGAUCUUGAAAAGACCCUGAUCUUUAUGGCACCGGUGAGUCAACUUUUAACUGAUGACGGCGUUUGGAGUGAUACUUAUCGGCAAUUGCUUUUAAAGGAGACGGCCAAGUCCCCCGCCCUGUAUCUCGAUUUCUGCCUUACCUCGAUUCGAUGCAUUCAAGCAACUGUCGAAUAUCUCACGGACCGCGAGCAGGUUCGAUCAGGAGACCGCCCUUAUACUAAUGGAUACUUCAUCGACUUAAAGGAACAAAUCUACCAGUAUGGUAAACAACUCGCCGACGCCAGGGAGAAAGGCGGCUCUGGCGACAAUAUGGAUGUGGACAAGGAGGAUGAGAUCAGACUUUACGGGGGUAUUGCAGAGAAUGGCCGCCCCGCUGAACUUAUUCGAGUGAGAAAAGACGGAUCCGCCAUUUCCAUGGCCACUGGAAAACCGGUAGAUCUUGGUGAAACCCCCAUCACAUUCAAGCGCUCACUCUCCGAGCAGCGUGAGGACGAGGAGGAGAUCAUGCGCUCCAUGGCUCGCAGAAAGAAGAAUGCCACAGCUGAGGAGCUGGCCCCCAAGAAGUGCCGUGAGCCCGGCUGCAAUAAGGAGUUCAAGCGACCCUGCGACCUGACCAAGCACGAGAAGACGCAUUCCCGACCAUGGAAAUGCCCUAUCCCAACUUGCAAGUAUCACGAGUUUGGCUGGCCUACUGAGAAGGAGAUGGAUCGCCAUGUCAAUGAUAAACACUCUGAUGCGCCUGCCAUGUUUGAGUGCUUAUUCAAGCCUUGCCCGUACAAGUCGAAGCGUGAAUCAAACUGCAAGCAGCACAUGGAGAAGGCACACGGCUGGACCUACGUUCGAACCAAAACCAACGGAAAGAAGCUUUCUAGCAACCCAGCCAGCUCUGUUCAGCAGACUCCUCCUCUUGGCAGCGUGUCCACCCCGUCCAGCACUCCCACUUACAGCGUCCCUACUCCUCCCCAGGAUCAGGACGCCAUGACUUUCCCUACCUACCAGUCGGAUGGCGAUUGGUUGGCUGCAUACGGUAUCCAGCCGGAAACUUUAGAUGGUAUGGACUUGACACUGGAGCACACCUCUCCAUCUUCUGCCACCUCUUAUGAGCAGUACCCUCCAUACCAAAACGGAUCUACCUUCAUCCUCAAUGAUGAGGAUAUUUAUGCUGCGCCGAUGCAGCUUCCUGCGCAGUUGCAGGUGCUGGACCAGCUAUAUAACAAGAUUCUACCUCAGCAGCUGCCCGUUUACCGGGCUCCUCAACCCUGCCCGCCUCCGCAGCUGCAGGUUCCGCCUCACUUCUCGCCCUCUGGACAAGAGAAUGCGAUGCUCUUCACCCCGAACUCACUCCGCGAGGUUGACGAGGGCUUCGACGAGGUGUUCAAUGGAGACGGCUCGGAUUUCCAACUGUUUCCUGCCACUUCCACUAACAAGGGCAGCAACUUCCUGCAGCCCUUGUUUGCUGAUAUUCCCAGCGCAAAUCUCGGGUUCUCCCAGUCCUCGCAGCCUGACUUCUUUAACCAAGCGGAUUGGACCAACUUGGGCCUCCAACCUUUCCGGGAAUAA